AUUUGUCCACAUGAUUUGAUCUUGACAAUGAACAGGCAAUCAAAUCUUGUAAUUAUCUUUGUGUUUCUCUCCAGCCAUCUUCAUCUUUGGGAGAUUCCAAGCAGCGACUGAAACCCUAUUCAUAACAGUACCACCCCUGAUUAUGAAAAGUGGCUUAUCUCCUAUCCUCUCAUCAUAAUCAAAGUGAAGAAAGCUCCAGUCUUCUGAAGAGAGAAAAAGAAAAUGAAGUUACUAGGUUGGAUGCACCGAAAGUUUCGGCAGAAUAGCAGUGAACAACUGAAGGAUUUUGCCAUUGGACACGCCUGCAAUUGUCUUAUAGGACAGCCAUCACUUGAUGACCAACAAUACUACCCAAAACCAAACUAUGGCACCAGACAAUUCAAGCAAGCCCAAAAAGAUCACAUUCGAAAAUCUUUUGCUGGUCUAGAAGCAGCAAGAACAGAAGAAGAAGAUGAAGAUGACUACGAAGAAGAAUCAUCUGCCGCCAUAUCUGAACUAUUCCAUGGUUUUCUUGCAAUUGGUACUCUUGGCUCAGAUCCUGUCAAUACUGACCCCUCAACACCAACAUUUGCCAUCUCUGUUGAGAACAUAACUGAAAAAGAGACUGAAGUAACUGAGAAUGAGCUCAAGCUCAUCAAUGAUGAGUUGGAGAAGGUUCUGGGAGCUGAAGCUAGAGAAGAUUGUUGCAAUGAUUCAUCAGGAAGAAGCAGUUAUGUCAGUGCAGGUAGAAGCAGUCAUGGUAGCACUAUUACCCUUAGUGGCAAACCAAUGGAAGGACAGGAUACCAAUGCAAAUGGAACAGCAAUCUGUCCACUUCAGGGAUACCUUUUUGGGUCAGCAAUUGAACUGUCGGAAACAACAACUAUGGCAAAGAAGGAGCACAGGACAUCACUUGGUGAGCUGUUCCAGAGGACUAAAAUGGCAGAAGAGAAUUCUGGAAGCAAAUGUGAGAGGGAUGAGAAACGCAUGGAAAAGGAAGCUGACAAAUCUUCUGUACCUCUCAUGAAAAAGAUGCUGAAGAAGAAAAUGCUCCAUGCUUCCUCUAGGAGCUCUGCUGCUGGUGGUGGAACCGUUGAUUCUGCUUCAACAGAAACAAAACUGCAAAAGAUCCUACAUAUGUUCCAUAGAAAAGUUCAUCCUGAAAGCUCAACAGCUCCACGGAAGGCCGAUAAACCCCCAAAAAAUGAAAACAAGAAGAACGGCAACAAUGGAGGUCAUAUGGUCCCAGAUGAAGAGAUCACAAUAAUUCCGCCAAAAGCCCUUUCAAAGCGGAGCAUAAGGCGAUACAAGAGUCAAUCUAACCCACCCCAAUUUACUCUUAGCAGCAGUGACUCAAGUGGGAGCAGGGAAUACUGGAUCAAAACAGAUGCCGAUUACCUCGUGUUGGAGCUCUAAAAUGUGGAUGCAAAAGUCAGAAGUGAAGCUUGAUUCUUAAGUAUCAUCUUCAAUUUAGUAAGAAGCAUUAUUGUGUUUGUAAGGUGAUUGUUGCUACCAAUAUAUGAGUGAUUGUAUUAUGAAGAGCUUGAGGCGAACGAAUAAAUAAUGGAGGCAGUCCUUCCCAAAAAAGCUGCCUUUAAGCAAUUGAUCUGCAAUGUAACGCAUAUUGUUUCGUUGUGAAUACAUAAGGACUCUAUGAUGCAUUUACAAAUUGUAUCAUGAAGUUUCAAAGACUGUAUUAAGUUGAGCUGAAGUUCUUUAUAAGCACAGCUAUAAAUUGAUGUGCUAAGUCUCACCGGGCUUCGGGACAAUGUAGAAAUAAUUCAUUCAUUAUGCAAUUGAGCAACAAUAUUAUGAUUAAAGUAA